AUGGCCGGCAACGCCCAACCCGAGCUUGUCAUUGGAGUUGACUUUGGCAUGUCACAGACAGGCGUGGCAUACUGCACUGCACCAUGGACAAAUCCUUCAACUUUUCAGAGCUGGACUACCAUUGCAUCCGAGCUUUUCAACAAGGCGCCGUCGCGUCUGGCAUAUGACCAUGGGACGGCGAAUAUAAAGUCUUGGGGCUUCUUCGCCGACGUCGCGGAUAAGACAGUCGACAUCAAAGAGUAUUUCAAGCUCCAUCUCGACCCUGAAUAUGGAGAAUGGAAACUCCUCUCACACCAAGACGCCCGACGUUAUUAUCUGGACUACAUGAGAUGUGUGCAUGACCAUAUUGCCCGGUAUUUCCAAACUCGAUAUGCACAAUGGGCGACAAUGCGAGUCGAGUGGAACUUCAGCGUCCCCACAACUUGGAAGCACGCUGGAAUGGUGCGAGACCUUUUAGAGAUUCUUAAACUCGCUGGCUUUGGAAGAGAUGGCCAGUACCAUUCCUCGGUGGUGACGUUGACUGAGGCUGAGGCAGCAGCUGUUUGUGUUGCGAAGCAGAUGUUGAAGCGUGACGACGUGAUCUUGGUGUGCGAUGCAGGCGGAGGCACGACGGACGUGAACAUCAUGAAAGUAAAGUCUGAGAUGGGAGAGACACUCAGACUGGAGCAGUUGCUUCAGGUCGAAGGACGAGAGGUCGGCUCAGCACUCAUCGAUAUCAAGGUACAACAGCAUCUUGCCAGCCGGUUGGCCUUGGUUCCGGAGAUUUUGCACCCUCCAGAGACGGCCGAGAGAAUGAUGUUAGGCAGAUUCGAGAGAUUCAAGUGCAGUUUCGGAAGCCCAGGCAUGACGGCCCCAAAGUUGUUCUUACCAGUGGUUGGGCUCCCUGCGGGCUUGGACUACCCGCAGGCCGGGAUCAGAGACUCUCACAUGGAGAUCGAUCAGGAUACCAUCCAGCACCUGUUUGACGAGCAAGUCGACGGCCUGCUUGAACUGAUAGAAGAGCAGCUGCAUGCACUCAAGAGAAACCGCCCCGGAGAGCAAGUCUCAUAUUUGAUCAUGUCUGGAGGCCUGUCAGCAUCCGAAUACAUCCAGCGCAGGGUGAAGGCACAUUUUGAGUCCGGAGCAGGAGCCGAGAUCCCCAAUAUACGCGGCCUGCGCAUGCUUCUCGCCGAAAACUUGCAGCUUGCCGUGGUCCAAGGACUCGUCAGCUAUCGUGCCCAAGAAAUAAGCAAAGGUCGUCCACCAAUUGAGCAGCGCUGCGCUCCUGUCAGCUAUGGCGUUGUUGUCAAUCAAAAAUACAGCCAACAAAGACACUUUGGCCAAAGAGUCGUCCGAGAUAAAAGAGACGGACAGAGGUGGGCAGUAGACCAGAUUGAAUGGCUGAUCCGAAAGGGUGACAAAGUCACCGAUAAUGGCCUCGAGAAGAUGUUCAAGGCGAAGUUGAGUCCUGCACAGUACCGAAAACCAUGGCAAGCGCAAUUCGUGGUGUCGACACGACCUAUAGACGCCCUCCCACAGAGCAUGGCCGAGAAAGACCAUGUGAGGACACUCUGCACGGUGACUGUCGAUCUUAAACUGGUCGACCGGCAUGUGCGAAACAAGCACUGGUGGAAUUUCGGAGAGCGUUAUGAGCUUGCCCAUUUCCGUCUCAGGCUCAUUCCUGGAAGCUUCGAUCUGAAAUUCCGCCUGCUAAGCGGAGGGAGGCUGGUGAACAGUGAGGAUGACCAGGUAAAGGUCGACUGGAGUGGUGGCGGAUCCCACCGUCAAUCAACCACAAGCAACGAUGAUCUGGAUCAAUGGCACACAAUGUCCUAG